AUGAAGGCUCUCCAACUCACGCGUGCUUCUGCAAACGUCCCUCCGGAGCUGUCAAUGGCGGAUUUACCAAUUCCGCAGUUGACACCCGGCCACGCCCUCGUUCGAAUCCACUAUGCCUCCAUCCAACCAUCCGACAGACUCAAUACACAGGGUCUCUUCCCACAUACCACGUUCCCCCGAGUCCCAGGACGCGACUAUUCGGGCACGGUGGUCGAUAUUGUGGGCGACAGCAUGGAAUCGCAAUCAUGGAUUGGGAAAAUGGUCUACGGAACUAGCGGGUCCAGUCUCGGCUUCGACAUCGACGGCACAAACGCUGAAUAUUGUCUGGUGCCGGAAACUGCACUCGUCGAGAAGCCAGCGUCCCUAUCGUCGAUUCAGGCCGCAACGGUUGGAGUUCCAUUUACCACUGCGAUGAUUUGUUUGCAACGCGCGCAAGUGAAAGCAGACGACGUGGUGCUCGUGCUUGGCGCGAACGGCGCCGUGGGUUCUGCGGUGACGCAGAUGGCGCGAGCGAUGGGAUGCAGACGAGUUUUGACGGCGGCGCGUCACGGAGACCCAAAGCCGGACGUAGUUCUCGGCUCUGUGGUUUCCAUUGAAACAACUCUUCCCGCCUUGACCGAUGGGAAGGGCGUGGACGUCGUGAUUGAUACGGUGGGGGACUUGGCUCUGAUGGCGAGUGCAAUAGCACAGUUGGCUGUGAAGGGACGCUACGCUUGGAUCACAGCCCCUCGAGGAGAGGCCAGUAAGGAGUUGACCUUUAACGUGUUCCAGGCAUACCGCAAGGAGAUUUCGCUCUUGGGGUGCAACUCGGUCGCGCGCACACUGGAAGACACGGCGGGAUAUUUACGGUCGAUGAAUGGGUGGAUUGAGCAAGGACUCCUGGAGGCGCCGAAUGAUGCGGUCUUUGUCACGGUGAAGCUAGACGAUGCCAUCGACGAUGGGUAUGGCAAGUCUGCGCCGAAAGUGGUCAUUGACAUGUUGUGA